UGAUUAGGCAGUAAGGACGAGUUGUAGUUUGUGGAAAUAAAUAAUUUUAAGAUAAUUAGUGAAUAUGGAUCCGAACUUUUUACUAAAAGAUGAGCUGGAAUUUGAACUUGCGUGCCGUGGGGUUACCAUUAAAAGUUCUGUACCGGUAUUGAAGAAGCUUCUCAGAGAACUCAUGUUAGGUGAUACGUCGGGGGCCUCCGGGACAGGUAAUAAGACGGUGUUAGGGGUCAGUGACAAAGUAACCGCCGAAUUACAAACAUGUGCAUCGAAGUUAACAGUUUUGAGCAAUUAUAUAACAGAAGUCGUAGGGAAGCCUGACCGAAAUUUAUUUAAAAGGUUGGUGUCCAGAUUAUAUCAUGUUAUUAACAGGUUAAGUCUCGUAUCGUCUGGUUCAGAAGCUGAAAAUGAGUGGCAGGCAGAAUUAACACAAAAAGCAUACUCCCUCUUAGGUAAGUUGGAGGAACAAGAUGAUUUGACAGAAAAUGAAGACUUAACAGAAGAGGACAAGAAAGUGCUGCAGGAGACAUUAGGAGACGUAGGGCAGCAGAUUAUAGUAAAGUUAGACAGCGAAAGAGAAGGCACAUCUAAGCCAAAGGAGGUAGGCCUAACCAAGCAGGUGGAAGAGGAGGCACGGGUUAAUAAAGGUAUAGACAUUAGAGAAGGUCAGUUGGGGAAGGCGGGGAGUAGCAGAGAUAAACUCAUACGAACAUCUACCCUCGAUGAAGACUUUUCCACACGUAAGCUUGUGCCAAUCGCAAAAUGGGGAAUAAAGUUUUCAGGGAGCAAUACCUCGAGUGUAAACGCCUUUAUUGAGCGGGUCAGUGAACUUAAGGAAGCAAGAAAUGCGUCUGAUGACGAUCUAUGGAGGUGUGCGAUAGAUUUCUUUGAGGGUGACGCGUUGAUAUGGUAUAGGGCUAACAAGGAGUAUGCCACUUAGCAACCAGUGGCGUAUUUGAGCAGGAAACUUACGGAUCAAGAAUGUCGGUAUUCUACGUCUGAAAGGGAGUUGCUGAGUGUGGUGUAUGCGGUCGACAAAUUUAGGCCAUAUAUCGACGGUACACAUUUUACGGUCAUAACAGAUCAUAGUGCAUUGCAGUGGUUGCACAAAAUGAAGGACCCUCACGGUAGACUGGCCAGAUGGGCGAUGAAGCUUCAACAGUUUAGUUUCGACAUCAUUCACAAACCAGGUAAAAGUCACACAGUCCCAGACGCGUUAUCAAGAUCCAAAGUAAUUUCUGAAAUAAAUAAUAUAGAAAUACUAGAUCAUCAUAAAGAUCAAUGGUAUAGAGAUAAGGUGAAACAGGUUAGUGACAGUACGGAAGCAUCAGAUUGGAAGGUGUCUGGGGGGCAAUUAUUUAAGAAGAUGAGUUUGAAGUUGUACCCAAAGUCAAGUGCUUGGAAAUUAGUGGUACCAGAAGUCUUACGGAAAGAAGUAUUUAACGAAUGUCACGACAAGCCCACAGCAGGUCAUCUGGGGGUUCGUAAAACAUAUUUUAAAAUUAAACAGAAAUAUUUCUGGCCAAAUAUGUUACAAGAGGUUAAAACAUAUGUAAGUAACUGUGAGACUUGCGCAAAAUAUAAAGUGUCUCAACAGGCACCCUAUGGUCUAAUGGGCCAGCACAGAGACGCUACAGGACCUUGGCAAGUACUGUCAUUAGAUCUGAUGGGACCAUUUCCAAAAAGUAAGAAAUGUAACACGAUGCUACUGGUUAUUACGUGCUGGUUCAGUAAAUUUACACUACUCUUCCCAUUGAGAACCGGAAAGGUUGAAAAAAUAUGUGAAAUCCUGGAGGAACAGUUUCUGUUAUUUGGAGCACCCCAAGCCAUAAUCUGUGAUAAUGGUAAGCAAUUUGUUUCACAUUUAUUUAAGGAUCUGGCGGUUAGAUAUAAUUCGAAGAUAUGGUACACCCCGAAUUACCAUCCCCAAGCAAAUCCCACAGAACGCGUGAAUAGGGUCAUAGGGACUAUGAUAGCAUCAUAUACUACGGCAAAAAAACACAACGAGUGGGAUGUACAUUUGCAGGAAUUUGGCAAUGCCAUUAGGACAGCUAGGCAUGAAACUACGACAUAUACACCCUCUUACCUAUUUUAUGGCCGCGAAACGGCAGUUCCUAACCCACACACGGUCAACUUUGGAGAUGAAUCAGAUGCACAAAAUAUGCCGCCACAUCCAGAUGUAACGAAUUACAUAAAUGAACUAGAACACAGGCGCAAGGUAUUCGCCGUGGUGCGGGAACGCUUAAAAAAGGCACACGAAAGCAGUACAGGGUAUUA